CCCGUGCCCAAGUAGGCUUUCCACCCGUAGCUCUACUUUGCCCUCUUUAUCAUCCCCUUCACCUUCUGGUUCACCUGGAUUAAGGAGCAGAAUCCAUUCUAAAAGUAACUUUCCAUUAGCUUGUCCAUUGCACUCCUUAUCAUGCAAUGCAACCGACCGAUCCUCUUGCCCCGAAUGCCAACUUCUGGAACAAUCUAUCUCUCCUGUCACACUCCGCUCAUGUCGUGCUACGCUAAGGUCAUUAUCAGCUCAUGCCGCAGAAUCCAACUACUUAUCGGAACAUCCGGCAAGUAGCUCUGAGCCAAGUCCUGUCAUCAAGGAAGCUCUUUUGUCUGACAAGGUUAAUAUGAGAAAUGCUAGAAAACGGCGGAAAUCGGUUAAUAUAUCUGCUGAAGAAUCAGAUACAUCUCCACCAAGGCUGGAAAAAAACACAUGUUUAUCACCGAUGGCGCAUCGUGACAGUAGUUUUUUUUCUGAGCCACCUGAGAUCACAAACUCUCCAUUUAAAAGCUGUGUCUCACCCAGGCGACAAAAUCCAUCUAGGUUCUCAAACUUAUCACCCAAUAGUUUGACCACUAGCCCUUUAUCACCUAGGAAAAAACAGUCUUCAAAUGUUUCUCCACCAAAAAACUUGAGAGCAUUAUCUCCAACCAAAAUAACUCCACAAACUGCUGUAGGCAGGAAAACGUGCAAUAAGGCAGUGCCCUCUUCUGUAUCAAGCACAUCUGUGAUUAAGUCUUCAUGUUCUGAACAUGAUCCUCUACCAAUUGAGCAUUGCAGCAAGCGCACUUUGGUUGAAGAAAUCAAGGCAGCUCUCGCUUGUGGAAAGUAAGUUAAUUGGUAAUCAAUAUUAAAUAUUAUGCUUAAAAAGUUUUUUUAAUAUAAAAGUAAAUAUAUAUACUAUACAUAGUAUAUAUAUUAUAAAAAAUGCUUAACGUAUAGAUUAUUUCAUUUCUUCAUUUAAGUCCACUUUGACAAGAAGCAAUUAACAUCCAACUGUGGCCUUCAUUUCUAUCUUGCAAAUUUUUUUAAAAUGUUCUUUUUUCUACUUUUUUUCUUUUUAAAUAACUGCUUUAUUAGGUAUAUGAAAAUGAAGCCUUCUAUGCCAUGAGUCAACUUUCCAUGUAACAAUUUAAUCCAAACACUUUCAGUGAAGAUGAAACGUCUUCUAGUGAUGAGUCUACAGAUC